UUAAUUGGACUCGUUAACGAGUGUCGUCGAGCGUUCUUGGAGGCCUGGUUAAGGAUGUAUUGGACGUACAUUCUCAGCCAAAAGUUAGCCUCGUCGACAAUAUUGAAUACUUUGCGAUAAGAUAAAAAUCGGAAAAAAUCGACCACAAUAAAGACGAUAAAGUUAUCACUUGUCAAUAAAUUGUUUAAUGAAUUAUCAGGGAAUGUUUUCUUUUCGUUGAAUGUACGAGCCGGUUGUAUUAAUUUCUAACAUUAUUGUAAACAAUCAAAGUGACGCAAAGUUAAAAAAUCUCGAACCUCUGCAGUUAAACCUUAAGGAACAAUCAUGUUCGAAUCGUAAACCACUUCUGUCUUAACCAGAAAGCGCCCUGGUCGGUAUGAUCGGUAAGCAGUUGUAUCUAGCGGAAAGUCAGAUGCAGAAAAUGCAUCUGUUGAUGUCGAAGGCCGACGAGCAGCUGAAAGAGAAGGAUCAAGAAAUCGGCCGCCUCAAGCGCAAGGUCAGGGAAUGGGAAGCUAAGUUCAGGCACCAAGAGUCCGUCCAUAGAAAGGAGUUGCAGCGGGAACGGAAACAGGUCGAAGACUCCGAGUACCUUUACAAACGAUGCCUCGUGCUUGAGCACAAGAUCUACGAAAUGGAGAAGUUCCUCGGGGACUACGGUUUGAUGUGGAUCGGCGAUUCGGAGAGCGGUUCCGAUUCACCCAGGGCAAAAUCGAUAAACUACUUGGAGACCUGCUACCACCAGCUGAUCGCAAACAUCGAAGAGUUGAACUUGGCGGCGGGUAAAGGGGAGGUUCAUGUGCAGCGAGAAAAGGGUGGAAGCCGAGCAUCGUUCAAGACGUCCUCCUGCAUGUCGCUCAAGUUUUACAAGAACGGUCUCGUCGUUCAAAACGGGCAUUUAAGACCGUACGAAGACGUCGCUACGGCUUCGUUCAUCCGCGAUAUUCUCGACGGCUACUUUCCCUCCGAACUUCAGCAAGCCUAUCCAAACGGAGUUCCGUUCAAGGUCGAGGACCAUAGAACGGAAACCUUCCAAGGUGUGGGAUGCGGGUUUCCGGGCCACGGGCAUCGGUUGGGAAAAGUUCAUCCCGGUGGGAAUGGAAUGGCCCUUAAACAGGGAACAGCGCCGAUCGGAAGAAUCCAACGGCAGAAUUACUGCAGUCUGAAACCAAGCGUUCCGCCACUUUUGACCAUGAGCGCAAAAUCAAUCAAGUCCAAGAGUUUUACCGAACCGCCUUCACCACCCGACAUACUGCAGCUGAGGUCCCAAAUUCUAGCCUCUCAUAACAACAAUUGUUCCGACUCUCACAUCCAGUCACACAUUAACGCCGAGCUUGGGCUAAGCUCGCGGAGUGAAAAGAAGCGUGACAUGGCGACAAAAGACGCCGAGUACCACAUUUCGUUGCGAGAAAGAGGGCUCAAGUUCGAGAACCGCUUUGGUUUCGGAUCUCCGAGACUCGCAAGCGGAAGUAGAACCAGUCAUCACAGUUCGACAGACCGAUCCACCGACCGGAUGUCACCGAGUCGCCUCGAAAGCUCUCGCAGCUACGACGGAAGGUCGCGUUCAAGGUCGUCAAGUUUGCCUGGGAAACGACCGAGGCUUUCCUCGCUAUCGAACCUCAGGACUACGUCCGGGAGUCAGAACGCGUCAGCUUCGAAGGUGUUCGAUUACGCGAGCCUCGGCAACGGCGUCAGGAAACCUCGAGCAACCAAGUCCGCAACACUGGAGAGAAAAGGCUUGGCCCCGCUGCUUCACCAGGUAAACGAACCGACUGGAAAACCCGACGAAAUGAGACUGAAGAUCAGGUCUUUGAACGGAAGCACUUUCUACCUUGUCCAUUUGUGCCCCGACGAUACUGUCGCCAGGCUUUACCAACUCCUUGACACUUGUCAUGCCAAAACUCGGCUGCGAGGAUACAAAGUCGUCGUAAGCGGGUACGCGCCUAAGAGAUUGGAACAGCUUGGUGUUUCUCUGAGGGAAUACGGUAUUCUGAGGGACAGCGUUCUCCACGUUGUAAACGACUCGACAAUGUGAUUGCAGCAAUCGAUACCGAUGGAAAUGACAUAUGAAAACAGAAAUAUGAUAUCCAUACACCGUAAUUACGUAACGCGAUUACAAUGAGCAUAAACACGAUCACCGGCACAGGUUUAAAUGCGAUAUUAUCGAUAUUGCAAACUUAUACUUUUUGUACAGCUCUUUAGACGUGAGAAGAAAAAUAAACGCGUAUAUAUAUAUGUAUAUGUUUGUGCUGUCAAUAUGCAAUAAUUGCAUUCAUUCGGUCAUUUUGUGGGACUUGUUUUAGGUAUUCUCUUUUUUCUCUCGUGUUACUCGGCAUGACGCUAUCGCCUUUUCAUCAC